UUGGCUUACAAAAGUUGAAAGCAACAACAGCCUGUCCUCCUUCCUUUCUUCAAGACCUACCUACAAUACAUUCAAACAAACAAAACCCUAAAUGGAAAAGGAAAAAAAAUAUUAAAAAAAAACUAGAGCUUGCUUAGGAAAAAACCCAACAAAUCUAGCUAUAGACUUAUAGCUUCUCACACUUCCACUAUUAUCUUUUCUCUCUCAAUAUUUCUCUACCCAUUUCAAUACAUUAUCCAUUCUCUCUUUCUAUGCACAAAAAACCUUCAAUUGCAUUGUGCUAACAGGGAAUGAGUGGCUGGAAAUAGCAAACAGUCUUCAUUUUGCUGUAAUUGACUGUAACUGGUGCCUCAAAUUCAUAGUGAAAAAGAGAAGCUUAAAAGGGUUGUGUGGGUGAAUAGAGGUGUUUGGAGAAGUAGAAGAAAUCUAGAAGUGACAGUUUGUAUGGACUGGAACUUGAAAGCACCUUCUUGGGAUUUGUCAGAAUUGGAACAAGGAGCAUUUCCUAACAUAGAAACAGUUAGUGGGUCAAGUAGUUUUGGAGAUCAUAGAGCCCAAAGGGGGGAUUUUUCAGUUGAUUUGAAGCUUGGUCAGGUGGGAAGUUCAGGCAAUGAGUCAGUGAAUAAAUGGAAGGAGCCUGGAGUCUCAAAAAUGGCAUCACCACCUUCAGGGUCAUCGAAGAGAGCAAGAGCAGCCAAUAAUGGAACUCAGCCAGUGUCAUGCCUAGUUGAUGGAUGCACUUCAGAUCUUAGUAUUUGCAGGGAUUACCAUAGGCGCCACAAGGUGUGUGAGCUCCAUUCAAAGACUCCACAAGUAAGCAUCUGUGGUCAGAAGCAAAGAUUUUGCCAGCAGUGUAGCAGGUUCCAUUCACUGGAGGAAUUUGAUGAAGGGAAGAGAAGCUGCAGGAAACGUCUUGAUGGACACAACAGAAGGCGAAGAAAGCCUCAGCCAGAACCCCUGUCUCAAUCUGGGAACUUUUUGUCUAAUUACCAAGGUCCCCAAUUCAUACAAUUCUCCGGUACACAUGUAUAUCCCUCCACCACUGUGAUGAGCCCUGCCUGGACUGGAGUUCUCAAUACUGCAGCAGAUGCUAGGCUUCCUAACCAGCAGCAACAAUUACAGUUACUUGAUAAACAGAAACCAUAUAUUGGAUCAUCCCCUAGCACUAGCAGCUAUAUAGGAGGAGGGAAGCAACUCUCAUUCUUGCAAAAUGGCAGCACCACGCUCAACAAUCAAUUAUCUCUUGAGGCUCCUGUCUGCCAGCCGCUUCUGAGGACCAUUGCUUCAGAAGGUGAUAGGGCUAGGAGCAAAAUGUAUUGUGACAGGUUAACAGCUCGAGUCCAUGACUCGGAUUGUGCUCUCUCUCUUCUGUCAUCGCCUCAGUCACAAUCAUCCGGGCUCAAUUUGAGCCAUGUAAUGCAUCCUAACUCAGCCUCCCUAGUGCAGCCUUUAGGCCCAAGCCUACAUGGUGACAGUACUUUAGAGCCAAUGGAUUCAGUUCUGGUUUCAAAUGGCAGUGGUAAUAAUGUACAUUGCCAGGGAAUGUUUCUCAUGGGGUCUGAUGGAUCACAGGGAAAUCAAACCCCUCAAAAUCUUCCCUUUCAUUGGGAGUAAAUUAAGGUAUUACUUUCUUUUACUUUUGUUGCAUAAUGAAUCCGGAUUUCCUUGUUGAUGAUCUUAACUAUUUUUUUUUUUUUUUCAUUUUUUUCCUAAAGUUGAGAUGGUUGGUUAUUGAAUUUCUUUCAUUUAUGAACAUAAUCACACUACCCUUAUGUUUCUCAGAGUAACUGUAAUGGAUUCUGCAUUGGGAUGUUGUGAUGAUUUUAAGUAAUACUAAAGUUUCCAUAUUUUUAAAUUUC